GUCUAACAACCUACUAGCCUUGUACUUGGCCAGUCUCACGGUCCUCCCAUCAGGCAACUCAUGCUUGAGCACCUUCUUGUCCUUGUCAAACUGGGGCUUGACAACCUCGAGCUCCAGCCGCUGGACCAGAAGAAGAAGCAACAGUCUGUGCGACUGCUGCAGUCGUACCACUUGGCUAUCGCAGAGGAGCAAGCGGCGAAGUUAAAGGCUAUCGCAGAGGAGCAGGCGGUGAAGAUGAGAAAAUUUGAGGAGAUGAAGAGAGUUCAGCAGGAGGAGGAAGAGAGGAGAAAGGCUGCCGAAGAGGAAGCAGCAACAGAAGAAGCAAAAGAGAGAAUGCGUAUUGAGAGUAGAGAGGGGAGUAGUGGCACGAAGAAGGACGAAGAUGCAGAGAUGGAGAAGAAGAUUAGCGGGUGGAUAACUAAUUUAUCGCUGGGGGAGGAUGAGGAGGCAGAGUUCUAUGUGCCCCAGGAUGAGAGGGAUACGUUAGCUCAGGAGCUAAAGAUGGCCGCCUUAGCGAGAGAGAACAAAGAGAGGAAAGAGCUCCAGAAACAGGCGAAGUUAAAGGCUAUCGCAGAGGAGCAGGCGGCGAAGAUGAGAAAAUUUGAGGAGGAGAUGAAGAGAGUUCAGCAGGAGGAGAUGAAGAGAGUUCAGCAGGAGGAGGAAGAGAGGAGAAAGGCUGCCGAAGAGGAAGCAGCAGCAGAAGAAGCAAAAGAGAGAAUGCGUAUUGAGUGUAGAGAGUGGAGUAGUGGCACGAAGGACGAAGACGCAGAGAUGGAGAAGAAGAUUAGCGAGUGGAUAGCUAAUUUAUCGCUGGGGGAGGAUGAGGAGGUAGAGUUCUAUGUGCCCCAGGAUGAGAGAGAUACGUUAGCUCAGGAGCUAGCAGUAAUGGAUGAACCCCUGGAGAGACAAGAAAGAGAGGAGGAGAAAAAGUCGGAGCAGGAGGUACAGGCUCAAGCAGACGACAAGGCCAAAUGGGAUAAGGUGUUGGGGUACUUGGAGGUGCUGAGCGCGGUGUGGAUGGAGGAGCGCCAAGCCAACAGGAGCCAAGAGGUAGUGCUGAGCGCCAUGUGGUCCGGAUUUAGAGAAUUCGUGCACGAAAUGGUUACCCACGUUGGAGGGGAAGUCAGGCGGUUGAGAGACAACGCGAGAAAGUUCUGUGAGGGUGCCAUUGAGGGCGCCAAAGUAGCAGCCGUUGUUGAGGGCGAGGCCAUACCUCGCAAAGAACCAGUCAAACUUGAGUUCCCCAAUGCUUAUGGUGGGAAAUCCGAUGAGAACGUCGAUAACUCGGAGGCCAGUGUAAACAGCUACGUUUACUUACAGCACAUUGUACAGGACAAUCAGUGGAGGAGUGCCAAGGCACUCAAGGGCGUCAUGGACGACUUAGUAGCCACGGAGACCCAAUUGGUCCAGUUAUUUUAUCGUGCCAUGCUAGAGCCCCUCCGUGGGCACUUCUUUGACAAGUCCCAACAACCCACCAUGACGUACGAUACGCUCAAUAGAGAGGUGGUGCUGUUUGAGGCCAAGUCCAUGCCAAUUACCACUUUUUGGCAUAAGGACUUAGACAAGGGUUGUACCAUCUCUGGCCAAGUCAGGGCCAAGGAUCACAUGAUCCUUACUUCAGAGGAGGGUGAUACAGAUGAGGUCCCAUAUAGUCAGAUUGAGUGGGGCCUUGAGGAGGAGGACAGUAGCGUGGGGCAGGGGAGGUCCUAUGCUGCUGUCGCGGCUGGAGGGAGGCCGCAAAGUAGAGGAGGAGGCCAGGGCCAAAGGGGCCAGGCCAUGGGAGGCCGAGGACCGGGCGCCAGGGGGUUGGCGGACAAGGGAACCGCCAAGUGGGAGGUAGGGGUCAAGGUCCCCCGCCAAAUCGCCAGGGUUCUUGUCGGUCCCCACAACGACGAGGUGGAAGGGCACCUCAAGGAGGAUGGCACCGGGCAGGCCCUGGGAGGAUUUGGGCUUGGACCAACGUUUAUGGCAGGAACGCGUGGACUUGGGUUGCUUAAGAAAGAGGCAAUCUGGCAGUGGGACAAAGACUGUACGUCUGCGCUAAAGAAAUUAAAGCGCGCAUUGAUAGAGUAUUCUGUCCUCAAGGUAGCAGAUCCGUCCUUGCCAUUUGUCGUCACCACGGACGCCAGUCAGUAUGGUAUAGGUGCCGUGUUGCAGCAAGACGACGACAAUGGCUAUAGACCCGUAGAGUUCAUGCCAACGAGGAUGCCCUCGGAGAAGGUGCUCCCCGCCAUGCUUAUUGUGAAGGCUUAUGCAGCAGAAAGAGUUGAAAUGGAACGUUUUCGGUCCCUUGCAGCUGUAGACCUCUCUGCACGGUUGGAGAAAAAGAGAUGCAAGGCAAUGAUGCCUCUUGCCAUCACUGGUGUAUAUGCCAUUACUGUUAUGGUGCUGUUUGCUGCGGGGACGUGGGCCAUCUCCAGGAGAAAGUUCAGUGGAGCAGGGAUGGUUUCCUUUGUAACAUCUCUUGUGCUUCUUAUUGAACCAAUCCAGGCUGUGAGUACUGCCUACAACGAGAUCAAGCAGGGUGAGCCAGCUGUGGAGCGCAUUUUUGAGCUCAUGGCGAAAGCUCCAAAAAUAGUGGACAGAAUGGAUGCAAAGGCUGAAGCAGAUGCUCGAGGGGAUGUUGAAUUUCGGGAUGUGAGCUUUCGUUACUGUGACGGAGGUCCAUGGGCAUUGAAGAAUGUGUCGUUUCAAGCAAAAGAAGGCAAGACCAUUGCCAUAGUGGGGCCAUCUGGUGGUGGGAAAACAACACUAGCGAAGAUGCUUUUGCGACUAUAUGACCCCCAAGCAGGCGUUAUCUUCCUUGAUGGCCAAGAUAUCAGGGAGUUCACUCUCAGGCGCCUCCGCCAGCUUGUAAGCAUCGUUCCCCAGGAAACGGUUAUCUUCACGGGGAAUGUGAUCACAAACAUCGCUUAUGGGGAUAUGUCACAAGAUAUUGAUGUUGAGGCAGUUGCACGUGCUGCCAGACUUGCAAAUGCUCAUGAGUUCAUAGAUCGUCUUCCAGAAAAAUAUUUGACUGAGUUGGGGAACCGUGGGUCAUCACUCAGUGGAGGUCAGCGACAACGGUUAUCUAUUGCAAGGGCAAUUCACCGGUCACCAACAGUAUUGGUAUUGGAUGAAGCUACUUCCGCGCUUGAUAAUCAGUCUGAGAAGCUAGUAAGAGAGGCACUGGAGCAUCUGAUGGAGGGACGCACGGUCCUGGUCAUCGCUCAUCGUCUAGAAACCAUCCGGAAUGCAGAUUGGAUUCUAUAUAUGGAGGGUGGUGAGAUAUUAGAGGAGGGUAAACAUGACGAGUUGCUUUCUAGGGGUGGACGAUACUCAAUACUGUACGAGCAACAAGCAUCUCCAGGUGCUGCUUAUGGCUCUCAGGGGGAACAACUGAGCCUCUAUUAACGCAUGCGGGGUAGAAGAAGUCACCAUCCAASCAAAMACAAAGAUSCCAACAGCGAUGGGACUAYGACUAUGAUAGCCAAUCAAGUGAGCUGCCACCUGAAGUCCGCUUGGGGCACAAAGGAGGACUUACCYGUUUGGCAGGGAAUUGAAUAUGUUCUCGGUGUCUCUGUUGUAUUGCUGUAUUUGGAACACCCCUGGCAAAGUGGUGACGUCUAGCAAGUAGUCAGUCAUCCAUGUGUAUUCUUUGGCUCUUAGCUCCACUGGAAGAUUUUUGAAAAUGCGGAUGGUAGCUCCUUUGCUUGAGGGGGCUUCUAUUUAGGGUAGGAUUGCAGAGUGAUAUUCUGGUAAUGAAGACCUGCUGUGGGAAGAGAUUGUGCGCACUGUGCACAUCACACUGUCACAGAGGGAGGUCAGGUUGAUGGACUGUUCACAGCCAGGGCAGUGGGUGGGUGAUUAGAGGAGUUUUCAAGGUUUAGGUAUUGCGAGUCUCUAAAUCCUCUCCAGUGAGUGGGGAGAUGUCUCAGGAUUGAAGUGCUGUUGCAUCAGUCGGAAGCACUCACAGGGUUUGACCCCUACGAUUGGGGGUUCACUUUGUUUCUGCGGCGCCCCUUGGAGAGAGUACCCAUGGAUAUUCUAAAAACGAGCAGCAGGCUUUGGCCACAAGCAGCAGAGUGAUGCAUGUUGCUAUUCAUCAUGCAAAUUGAGU